CCUCCCUUCACACCACCCCUUCUCUCCCAACCAUCCUCACACUCUCAAUAUCAAUCCUCCUCCUCUCCCUACCAGCUCUGCCCACAAUGACUAUGGUCACCAAAACAAUAACAACCCCGCCAUUCAACCUCUCCUCCCCCCCUGGAACAGACAUCUGGCGCAAGCCCCCCUCGCACAACGUCCUCAGCGCCCCGACCCACCCCUCCCCUCUCCCAACCUACCCUCUCCACCUCUUCCAAAGCGCCCGCCUAACCUUCAUGCUACCCCCUCCAUCCCAGCUCCGCCAAUACGAUCAAGCCGGUCUGCUCCUGCACUUCACCAAACCAGGUCUCGCAGACGGAAAAGACAAAUGGAUUAAGACUGGCAUUGAGUUCUACUACGGGAAACCGUACUUGAGUACUGUAGGCUGCGACCAAUGGGCUGAUUGGAGCAUUGUACCCGUAGAAUUGAACGGUGAGGGUAGGCCUAGUGCUACGGUUGAGGCAAGAAGGGAGAAGGAUCAGCUUGGGAAGAGUUUGUGGGUUUACCAUGUUGUCAAGGAUGAGGCGGGGAAAGAGCAGUUUGGGCCGGUCCGAGAAGUAAACUGGGUAUUUGCGUUGGAUGAGGAGGAGGGGUGGGAGGUCGGUGUGGGGGGCAUGGUAGCGAGGCCGACGAUGGAGGGUGGGAAUGGGACGUUGGUGGCGGAAUUUGGGGGCGUGGAGCAUUUUCAAAGUAUAGAGAGUAGAAGUGGGGGACCAGCGCCAUCCUCAGAUCCACAGUAGACCGAUCCCAGGAAUGAUUUAGUGGACGAGGGGGCAUACAAAGUCAAGAUACACUCAGAAUUCAAUUCAGUCUACCAACCGCUAGAAUUUAGAAGCUACUAAAGAGAAGUCAGCACAAAAUCAAC